UAUCUGUGACGUUGUUGACGCCAGCUUUGCUGUCAAAUGAAUGGGAUAUCCAAUAAAAUUAAAGCUUUUUAAAAUUAACAGGAAGUCGUUCUUGUUUAACAGACACUCGGUGAUAUCUGACUUCGAUCUGCUUUUUGAUUAUGGCCCAGAAUAUUAAUCCACAUUACGCGUCUUCGUCGAAUCCCGCCAAACAAAACGAGGACACAAUAAAAUUGAACGACAAUCAUGCUGUGAGCAAACGACUUCAAAAGGAACUUAUGGAGUUGAUGCGUUGUUCAGAUAAAGGAAUAUCCGCAUUUCCUGAAAGUGAAAAUCUAUUUAAAUGGAUAGGCACAAUACACGGUCCAGAAGACACUGUGUACGCUGGGCACAAAUAUAAACUUUCAUUGGAAUUCCCUAAUUCAUACCCUUAUGCACCUCCUGUAGUUAAAUUUGUGACACCCUGUUUUCAUCCCAACGUAGAUACAUGUGGUUUAAUAUGUUUGGACAUUUUAAAAGACAAAUGGACCGCUCUUUAUGAUAUUCGGACGGUCCUUAUAUCUAUCCAAAGUCUCCUAGGUGAACCAAAUACGCUGAGCCCACUCAAUCAACAAGCCUCAUAUCUGUGGCCCAACCAGCCCGCCUACAAAAAGUAUUUAGAUGAAUUUUAUAAUAAGAACAAGGAUUCGUAGUUAGUUUGGAGUGAGUUUUACGGUUAUGUGUUGCAAUGAACGUUUUUUUUUAUUUUAUUUUGUGAUCAGUUGCUUUUUAUUGGAAUAGAAAAUUAUCUGCUUUCUUUGUCUGACAUAUUAAAGUUGUAAACUUCAGGCCUUCUUUGU